AUGGAAGACGACUCGUUUCGACAUCAAUCGAAAGGGGCGCUGCAUUUCCCCAUUAAAGGUAUGAAAUCAGUGAUAGCUACAGUUAGUGGUUACCAGGGAUCCGAGCGAUUCAAUCUCAUCAAAUUGAUAUCUAAGACAGGCGCUAGCUAUGUCGGUGCUAUGAAUCAAUCUGUUACGCAUUUGGUGUGUUGGAAAUUUGAAGGGAGAAAAUAUGAACUUGGUAAGAAGUUCAAGACGGUAAUAGUUAACCAUUGCUGGAUUGAGGAAUGUGUAAAGAAAGGAAGGCGUGUGCCAGAGCAUCCCUACACCUUUCAGAGUGGUGAAGAAAUGGGGUCGCCGCUUUUGGACAUCUCCCUGGGAUUUAACAAGGCGGGUUCCCAAUCCAAACCAUGGAAUAAUGCUAAGGAACAUGUGAUCGAUAUUGAAUGUGAAGACAGUGAUGAAGUCUUUGUUAUUGAUACAUCUUUACUAAAUGAGGAUUUGUCUUCUGAGUUGAGGCAAAACAAUCAUGGAUCAAAGAGACCAAAACGGAAAAUAAUCAAACGAAGUGCAAGGCGGGAUUACUCAGGUAGUAGCAGUCAUUAUCUUGACAAGCUUCUGUGGUCAGGCUCCAUGACAGUGGAGCCUGGGAAACCAAGCUCUUCUAAGCAAGCACCUUCAUUGAAGAAGGGAAAAUCCACUUCAAGUGAAACUUUUAGAGAUCAUAGAAUGGUUAAAAAGCAUCGAAGCGUGGAGGACUUAGGUUUUGCUGGGGUUUUUAUGCAAGACUGCGAACCCGCACAAGUAUUUUCUGAGAGUAAUGGCAGUGGGGAUUCCCAUAAUAAUUCAGAUGUGAAGAGAGGUGAAGGUGAAUUUGGUAAUGCAUCUGAUCAAAGUUGCUCUUGGAGUCAGCAAAUUAAUAAUGAAGUUUUAGAUGGCGUUGAAGAAAUUGAGAAUAUGAAUGCUGAUGAUCAUCAGAACCUGUUUGUUGAGGAUGCACCAUCUUCCGUCUGCAGAACAGCAAAUGAUUGCUGUACCGAUGUGCAUGAGGUUCUAGAUGACACUGAUCUUAGCACCAGACUUCAUCAAUCAUCUGAGUUAUCAUGUGUUAUAUGUUGGACGAAUUUUAGUUCAACCAGAGGGGUGCUGCCAUGUGGUCACAGAUUUUGUUUCUCAUGCAUCCAGACCUGGGCGGAUCAUAUGGCUUCAAGGGGGAAGGGUUCAACGUGUCCGUUGUGCAAGUCUAGUUUUGCAAGCAUCACAAAAGUGGAAGAUGCAGUUUCUUCAGAUCAAAAAAUAUACUCACAAACCAUUCCACAUGACCGUGCAAAAAUGGAUGCAUACAUCCUUCUUGAUGAUGUACACACCCUUCCUGCUAAUCCAUCAGUUACCCAAGUUUGUUAUCAAUGCUUUAGUCGGGAACCAGAGGAUCUUCUCAUUAGAUGUCAACUCUGCCAGAUUCAAUGUGUUCAUUCUUACUGCCUGGAUCCUCCCUUGUUUCCCUGGACGUGUGUCCACUGCAAGGAUCUACAAAUGCUUUACCUGCAAAUCCAUUAG